AUGAACAUGGGUGACUUGCUGAUACAGGCGUCGACCCCUCGUACACCACCUUGCCGUCCACUGCGUCACAGGGUCGAAUCAUUUCCCACAGACGACAUCCACGGUGACUCUGGACUCGACGAGGAUGAGGAACUCUCAGAGUCGUCGCCUGGGAUGCCUACUUCCAUUAGUAUAGGUGCAUUCCCCGUAUUCUUAAUACAAGACUCGCCCACACAGCCUGGUCUCAGCAAGGCUGCACCGCGUUUUCCAGAGAGCCCCAAAUCAGCCUAUGGAUUUCAACCAGGUCUAAAUCGGUAUAACCUUCCAGGAUGUGACGAAAUACUUUACCGGAUAGACGAAGCUCCUUCAGAUGCCGAAGUGUUCUCCGAACACGGCUGCGAAACCGGCGAUCAAUUGCAACUAACUCCUGGUCCGCCCCCUAUUCGUAUGGUGCAUACAGCGGAUGACGAAUGGGAGCAGUCCCUAGCCACUGGAGGUCUGUCUCGCAGACCCAGCAUAACAAAACAGCCAGUGGAUUUCGGUCGUCUUCUAUACGAUGAAGACGAAACACUUGUCGGUCAUUGCGAAAUCUCUGACGAGAAGUUGCGUCCAGCGGCCCUGAGAUAUAGUUCAUCAACUUCGACAUCCUUGGCAUCGCCAUUAUCAGACACAUUCUCUCCUGGGUCAACUUCUUGUUCUGUUUCCACUGCAUCUUCAUCACGACUCUCUCCGGGUGCACCACCCGGCUGCUAUGCAGACUUUUUGGAGCCAGAGACCGAUGACUUUCCGACUGAAGUGGGCGGACCAGUUUCUCUUGAUCUUGAAGUCAGCUCUACAUAUGCUCAAACCGUUGUGUCGGGUGGCUCACCCGCCGUUUUGGAACUGAGGCCGAUGCGUAGCCAACCGAACAUGAAGAACAACACCCUGGCUAACGAAUCUAGUCUUUUCGCUGAAAGUCAUUAUAUGCAUUCCUGCUUUACACUUACCGCAACCGACCCCGGGUGUGAUCCGCCAAAUGUUGUUUCACCUGCCGAAGCCGAACAUCCGAGCACGGGAACUGACACCUUUUCCCGUCCGUCAACGCCACCAGCCGAAACUCAAUCGCCAAUAUCACCAAGCCCGUAUGGUCGACUGGGCUUGUUCCAGCACCCUCACUUCCGACUUUCACAAUUGGCUCAGGUUCAGCAGUUUAAUUCUGAUCUAUAUUUGCCUAGUACACCAAGAUCUGUUUCUUCACCGAACACAUUCGUUUCUGUACCUCCUGUGGUUGGCCAUCGCCGCGCGUUUUCGGGAACCAGAGAGCUUCUAAAAGCCGCCCGCACAGAGACAUCCAUUGUAGGACGGUUGCGCUCAUGUUCCACUAACUCGACAGACCCAAGAGUUGCAAGCGCCGAACUAAACCUAAAGCCGAGCUUGAAUGACCUUAGUGUGCAAUCAACGAGGUUGCGCUCUAAUUCUGCUUCAAGUACUCUUCCGCAUGCUCCCUCUACCUCCGGAUUUAGGACACUGAAUUCGUCCAAAUCAAAAGACUCGGUUCGGCCCAAGUUUGACAAUUUACCGGGGUAUGCAACGUUUUUGAAGGACAUUACUCUAGAAUUAUGGAUCGACCAGGCAAUUCGGCCUCAAUUCGAGUUACACCGUUACACGCCUGGCCCAAUUACCCCUGCCCGAUCGAGGAUCCGGUCGAAAAAUCGGAAUAGCGUAGCCAUAACGUCGCCGUCGCGUAGAAAAUCUGCGAUACCUUCUCCUAUCAUGAUCCCUCCUACUCCACCCCGCCCAGAUCAGUGCUCCUCCGCUGGCUCAACUACGAGCCCGGCUACCUCGAGAUUUGGUCCUCUAAGCCCAUCCACAGGACAAGACGUCGAAACCCCAGUCGAACCGCACUUUCUCGAGAAUUGGGGAGUAGCUGAGUUUACAAUGAAGAAGCGACAGGGGUGGAGUUUUCACUACGGGAUGACCGAAAGCGACCCCAUGCUACGUCGGCUAACCCUAAACGGUAUCGAGGACCGGGACUACCUUUCUCGAGAAGCAUCUUUGAGCGUCAAAUCCAAUGGUGUAUACACCGUCAAGGGAAGCGAAGACCGAGGCCGAUUUGAAUGGAAACUGGAAUAUCUUGUCGAAGAUCGACGAGGCCCGUCUGGAGCCGUCAUACCGAGAGAAAAGACUUUAACGCCACUCUCAUUUACGUGCGCGCCUGAACUUUUAAUUCCUGAGCAAGGAAAAAAGGUCAAGUUAUUGCAUGUAAUGAGGAAGAGCAUGAUUCCGAAGAUUCAGUCUUCGAAGAUGGAGCCGCCGGUACUCCCUACUACCCCGAGGAGCCAGGCUUCAAGCGAUAAACCUAUACCUAUACCUAUUCAUGUUGGCACCGGUCCCACGGGGAAGGCCCUGGGGACUAUAGCCAAAAUUGUUCGUCCGUCGUCUUCCAAGUCACGGUCGAGGCCUACCUCCCCUAAGGAGAGUUAUGCACAUGCGUACAGUCCUUCUCCUACUCGUACCAGCCGUCAUGCCCUGGAUUUUACCGAACAUCCCGAUUCUUUUGGGCCUCGGAAAGCUGUAUCUUACUCGAACGCUCGCCCUGACUUGCGAGAAAUUUUGGAUACCCAAUUCCGUAACUAA